AUGAACCCCUGGUCAAAUCCCUACUACCUGCAACAUCCUCCUUACUACAAUCCUCAUAUUUACUAUCCGCCGGGAUAUACUCAACCUCAACCAAUAAACGGGCCACCUCCCUUUCACUCGAAGAAAUGGCCCAAUUUGCAUCCCGCUCUGGCAGCUGACGCAACGACCAUCCGUUACGAUCUCAAGAAGAAGCCUCAGGAGGAUAUUCUUGGGACGACGUUCCUAUCUAUUCGACAUUCUCCUGCCAUGGCCUACUCCGUCACUAACAUGCGCAUCAUCUCGAGGUCAUUUCCGUGGGCGGUCGAUAUUGUUUCUGCUGUACCGAUAACUUGUCAGAUGGUCUUCGAUGCUUUAUAUGCAGCACUGCAACACCCUCUCGCGGAUUCGGAGUGGGGACUCGCGAUUGGCGAUAAGAAGUUGAAAGAGUCAAUCGAAAAAUCUGCAAAGAGUCGAGCGGACAAGGAUGGCGACAAAGCUCUGAAGAGGAUUGACUGGCUCGGGGAUGGUACACACUUCAAGGGGCUGGAAAAAAUUGAAGAAUUCGAGAAAGCGAGGUUGUUACCAGGGAAGCCAGCGGUUGGGGAGACGUGGGUAGUCAAGUUGACAACCUAA